UUCCUUAGAAGAUUUGACAAGUGGAGGGACUAUAAAGUAUGGCGUCCACAGAAGAAGAAACAGAAGUGAAAGAAACGAUCGAGACUGACAUUUCCGACCUGACUGUUAAAACAGAGUCAAUAAUUGAUCGAUCUAAGAAAGAAAAGAAAUCACAAGGACCAUCUAGAAUUGUUGUAAUUCUCAAAUGGCUGACAACUUUAACAUUUGCUGCGGUCUUAUUAUCGUGCUUGGUGACCAGUAAAAUAACCGUGAUUGGUUUAGCUCAACACCUUACUGAGAGCAGCACUUCUAAAUACCAGGCCUUUACAAUGUGUCUUAUUAUACUUCUGGCGCCCAAUGUGAUAUCUUUCUCAAGGUCUCUGUGGAAUAUCAUUGGACGCAGUGACAUCCCAUGGCCGAAUAAAAAGUCCAUUUUUCUGGUUAUCAUAUCGGCGGCCUUAGAAUCAGCUGGGUUGUCUAUAGUGAUAUUCAAGGCUUUGAACACGGGACAGGCAGCUUCAGGGGUCACUGCGAUGGAAAUUGGGAUCUUUAUCCCUAUAUUUUACUUUAUAAAGAAGAACAACCGUGGAAUGAAAUUCUUCCGUGGGCUUUCUGUGAUUGCUGUUUUAUUUGCUAUCGCUGGUGCAUCCCUUGACAUACUAUUACAUAUUAAAUAUGCGGUAAAUACAUGGUCCCUUUGUGGAUAUGUGCUUAUUUAUUUGUCAUGGUUUCCAUAUUUGAAUAAACAUAUAUUUCCUCCAGUGAUGACCACAGUUCGGGGUCCCCUUAAUGCAAAUGGUCAAACGUCUCGCAUCUCUAUCAAUCGACCAAAUUCAUCUGCUUCUCUUCCAGGUGUUUCAUCGUGUUCAAACUUACCAUCGUACAAUUCGACAGCUAAUACAUCUGGGAUUAGCAGUCACCUCUGUGAUAAGACUUCACCAUGGAAAGUUUUGUUUAUAUCUGCCUUUUCAAAAAUAGUCUUCAUUUUAUCUUCUAGUGCUCUUCUAAUUAAGUUUGCCAUGGAUGACUUAAGUUUUGAUGACGGUUGGACAAAGGGAUGGACCUGGAGCACGUCAGAUGACGUUUUUGUUCUAUUUAUAGUCCACACCACUAUUAGUAUCGUUGGAUACGCAAUUGCAGUGUUUGCUUGUCACACCUGCAUGGACCGGGGGUCCUUCGUAAUACCUCUGAUAUUAUCGUCUCCUGUUGCAUAUAUCAUACUUGCCGUUCCGAGAUCAUGUGAAUGGAUUCAGAACUUUUCGGGUAAUUCCCAAGCAUUUUGUGUUAAGGACGGUUCACUGAUAUACAGCCUAGUGGCGAUGAUGUGUUUCUUUAUUACAAUUUCUCUCACCUUUGGUCGACUCUUGUGGGAUAUCCAGAAUAUUGUUCUACAAAAGGAGAUACAG